GUACCUUCCUAGCCCAUAGGUAGGUAGAGGAGGUAUUGUUUCCUGGAAAAAAAUGCCAUUGGUUUCUUACUUUUUUUUUUUUCUUAAAAUUAUUGGAUAUUAGAAGAAAAAGGUAAGAGUCAAAAAUGACAGAAAAAAGAGGGGAUUGUAAUUUUUUAUUCAUUAACGCAUUAAUAAUAAUAAUUACAAUGUGCAUAUCAUGCACCACACACAAUCACACGUAAAAGUCUCUCCCCGCCCCACAGCCCGUCGGUGUUACCUUUCACCUUCUUCUGCGGUGGCCAUCGGUUCUUCGUUUCGUUGAAGAACUGCGGUGUCUUUGGAUUACAACAAUAGUACUGCGGUAUUGCAGAAGUUUUUCGAUUUGGUGCCGUACGGUAUACGACUUAUCGAGUUACGAUUCGCGUACUAUUAUGGUGUGUUGAGAAUUGGAAACGUGAGGUGCCUUAAGUUUUGUGGAUUAAUGACUGUUGUUUUUGGAUAAUUUUGUUUUUGUGAGAGGACAUUAUGAUUUCGACGGGAAUUUGUCGAUGGCUGUUCCUACUAAUAUCACUAUCAACAUGGAUAAAAGUUACAGAUUCAAAAGAAAUGAGGAUAGUCUGCUACUAUACAAACUGGUCAGUAUACAGACCCGGACAAGCAAAAUUUAGCCCGCAAAAUAUCAACCCUUACUUGUGUACGCAUUUAAUUUAUGCAUUUGGAGGCUUUACCAAAGAAAAUACCCUUAAGCCUUUCGACAAAUACCAGGAUAUAGAAAAAGGUGGUUAUGCCAAAUUCAUCGGACUGAAAACCUACAAUAAAAACUUGAAAACCCUCAUAGCUAUUGGUGGCUGGAACGAAGGUUCUUCCAGAUUUUCACCGAUGGUAGCCAGCGCUGAUCGCAGAAAACAACUAGUCAAAAAUGCCAUAAAGUUUUUGAGACAGAACCACUUCGACGGUCUGGAUUUGGACUGGGAAUAUCCAACGUUUAGGGAUGGCGGAAAAUCUAGAGAUAGGGAUAAUUAUGCUCAACUAGUGAAGGAACUACGUGAAGAAUUUGAAAGGGAAUCUGAGAAGACCGGGAGACCUAGAUUGUUACUAACGAUGGCUGUACCUGCUGGUAUCGAAUACAUAAACAAAGGCUACGACGUACCCAAACUGACCAAAUACUUAGACUGGAUGAACAUUCUUAGCUACGAUUACCAUUCAGCCUUCGAACCUGCAGUGAAUCAUCACGCACCACUUUACGCGUUGGAAGAGGAGAAUGAAUACAAUUACGAUACGGAACUUAACAUCGAUUACACCAUAAAACAUUACCUCAAAUUGGGAGCAGAUCCUAGCAAACUAGUUUUGGGUAUUCCAACAUAUGGCAGAUCUUAUACUCUGUUCAACCCAGACGCCUACGAAAUUGGAUCACCGGCUGAUGGCCCUGGAGAUAUGGGAGACGCUACUAGAGAGAAUGGAUAUCUGGCCUAUUAUGAGAUUUGUGAAAAUGUCAAAAACCAAGAAUGGGAAGUUGACGAGCCUAAUUCCGAGGCAAUGGGACCGAUUGCCUUCAAAGACAACCAAUGGGUGGGGUACGACGACGAAAAUAUUGUUAGGAAAAAGGCAAAAUAUGUGGCCGAAAAUGCACUUGGUGGUAUUAUGUUUUGGGCCAUCGACAACGACGAUUUCAGAGGAAAUUGUCAUGGAAAGCCUUAUCCAUUGAUUGAGGCUGGUAAAGAAGCUUUGCUGAACGCUUAUGGGUUAACAGAAGAAAACCUUAUUUCACCACCAUCUAAACCUACGAAAUCGUCUAAAACUAAAUCUAGGACCCGGAGCAGUAAACGAACUACAACUACCACUGAAAUACCAGAAGAGGAAGAUGACGAAGUUGAAGUAUCUUCCGCUGCUAGUCGUCGAAGAAGAAUCAAAACAAAGACUCAGAAGGAAGAAAUCAAGAGACAAAAAUCAAGAGGCAGCACUUCAACUUACAGCAGUCUAAAAGUUAUCACACCAGCCUAUACUACUCCAGAACCACCAGCCACACCUGAUAUGGGAGGAUCUUUUAAAUGUGAAGACGAAGGAUUCUUCCCGAAUCCAAAAGAUUGCAAAAAAUAUUUCUGGUGCUUGGGAGGACCUGGGGACACUGGAAUCGUGGCACAUUCAUUUACUUGCCCAGCAGGUUUAUAUUUCAAUAAAGGUGCCGAUUCGUGUGACUACAGCCAAAACGUACUUUGCAAUAAAAAAAUUCAAAAGGCUACCGCAACAACAACUGAAGCAACUUCAGAAAAACCAACUGCUAGCAGUUUGUUUUCGACUACAAGGGUGCCACCAAAAAUAACUGCAGCUACUAGCAAAACUACCCUCAAUUUCAGAACAACAACUACCACUGAAAUUCCUGAAGACGACUUCGAGUACGUAGACGACGAAGAAGAUGAUGCUCAAAGCAGAAAAGAAGAAUCUGAAGAAGACCCUAGAGUGAUCAAAGAGCUGAUAAUGCUCAUCCGUAAAGCUGGAGGAAUUGAAGAGUUGGAGAAACAAAUAACAAACACCAAAGAUGUUUCGUCAGAUUCUACAACUCCUUCUGCGAUUAGCAAGUCGUUAUAUGAAAGUCUUCUGAGUAAAACUUCGAAAAAUACUUUAAAGGCUUUGAGGAAAACAACUGGGAAUAGAAACAGUGGAGGUCCGCAAACUAGUAUUAAGGAAACUAAAACGGAAACUGUUGAUAGAGGAAGGCCACAAUAUAAGACUUUAAAUAGACAGAGGUCACCAACAUCUAAAACUACUGAAAAUGAGGAAGAAAAAGAAGUUGAAAAGGACAAAGUAAAAGAAAAUAAGUCUUUACGUACCAAAUCAUCAUUAGAAUAUGUCAACAUAAGACGGCCCAAAGCUAGUACAACAACUGAAGCCAGUGACGAUGAUGGUUUCAGUCGGAACAAAAUCCUAGGCGAAGUAGACACGGAAGACGAAAACGAAAAUCCCGAUGAGGUUACAAAGAAAAACAACCAUCCUCAGUAUGUCAACAUUCGAAGACAAAGACCUUCUACAACAGAAGCAUCGGAAACGUCUUCCAAAUAUAGUUCCAUUAGAAGAUCUACAACUGACUCUUCUAUAGACGCAGUAGGAGACGAAGACAAUCAAAAACAAAUUAAUCGUAGAGGAUCUACAACAGAAACAAGUGCAACUGGAAAUGAAGUUAGUUCUUUGAGGUACCAAACGAUUCGUCGGGGUACUACAACUGCAUCAACAACUUUGGUAGAUGAAGAUAUCGGUGAAGAAACUAUAAGGAAACGUUCAACUACAUCCAGUCCGACUUCUGAUACUGUUGAAUCCAAAUAUUCUUCAAUUCGUCGAUCAACUACUGCGUCUCCAGUGGAAGAAGAAAAAUCUACAACCAUUAGAGUAGACCCAACCACUGUUUCGCUAAUAGAAACAUCAGAAGACCUAAAAACUACUAUGAACUCAGAAAGUAGUACCGAAAACGACCUUCCCGAAACUACAGUACAACAAUUAAGUAAUAAUAAUUCUAUAACAACAGAAUCUCUUGUAUCAUCCACAAACAAGAUCACGACAGAAAGUAAUAGCGGUUCCACUAGUGGUACCUUAAGUAGUACUGUAAAGAAACGUCCGGUACUAUUCCAACCAAGGCCGUUUGGUAUUUCUACAACUACUACUGAAAUUCCAGUAAAUACAAAGGUGAGUCAAUCUUCUUUCAAAUUUCGUCUAAGUCAAAACACUUCUACCGAAUCACCAACCACAACAACGGUUCGCUCUAGAUCCAGAGUUAGAUAUAGUAACGUUAAUAGAAACUUAAAUGAAGACACUGAACAAGAAGAAAAGUACGAACGUACCAUAGAAAAUAAACCUGUGAGAGCUAGGAAGAGGUUAUUAGUAAGUACAACCGCUGAAACUUAUGUAGAUGCAAAUGAAGAAUAUAAUAGAAAAUAUAGACCGGCCGAACUUGCUGACUUAUCUUCACUUACUGCAGUAGAUUUGAAGCAAUCACAAUUUAUUUCAAAAAACAGACGAAGAAGACCAGUAGGUGCUGGAAGCGCAACAUCUACAACAGAAAAAUCUUUGGAUGAAUCAGAAAAAACUGGAUCCCGAACACUAACUUUAGCCAGGAAAGCUAUUGAUGUUACAGCAUUUGGUAGAACUCGCAGAGUUUUACCAACAAAUGAUGAUCAAUUAAAGGAUAGUACUCAACAAGGAUCAGAUACCACAAAAAUUGUUCGAGGCUUCAGAUCCAGCUCACCAAGACCGAAGUUGGAUGAUUCAACUGACAGUACUCCGAAAAAUGAUAGUGUCAAAGUUACGCCCCGAACUAGGAGAAUUAUUAGAAAAUUUAGACCAGGUGCAGGUACGACAGCUUCUACCGAAGAGAAUAGGGUUUCAUCAACAACUGAAAUAGUCCGAAGAAGGGUACCAUCAUUUAGGCAAAGGCAAAUCAAAAAUGUUACUGCCUCACCCCUUGAAACUAAUUCAUCAGAGAGUCCUUUAUUAAAUUUAUUUAAAGGCAGAUCCAGAUUUGAACUAGCUAAAAAUAAUGCCAAUGAUGAAGAUGAUGAUGUAGAUGAAUCAUCUACUGAGUAUACUGGUGUUUUGAACGCUGAAGAAGGUGAAAAUAUUAAGUUAUCUGAGUCAAAUAUUCGGGAAAGUAGUCAAAUAAAUACAUUUGAAUUCGAUGAUAAGCCUGGAAAAAGAAAAUUUGAUAAAAGUAGCUUAUCUAUAGAAGAAAAAACAACUUCAGAAAGUACUGAUUAUGAAGCAACUACUACCCAGGCCCCGACUAGUACUGAAAAUUCAAGAAUUUUAAGGACAAGAAAAAUAAUCCGGAAAUUUAGUACUACUACUGCUACCAGUGAAACUAAUUCUUCAGAUACAACAACAGAAAAUAUUACUGGAAGAAGACGCAUCAUACAUAGACGUCUGCGCCCUUCAAAUGCCAAUGAUCUAUAUAAAUCUGAAGAAAAAGAUGAACAAACCAAAAAUGAAGAAGUUGGAGGAGCGUCAUCGCGAAAACCUUUUAGACCUAGUUUUGUAAGAGCAACUACUGAAAGAGCCAAUGUAAAUGAAGAAAUUAUAUCUGGUGAACCUUCAGUUGAUGAUCAGGAAGAGAUUGUUGAAGAAAUCAAACCAAGAAAAAAUUUUAGACCUAGUUUUGCUAGAAAGAAUACUGAGACAACUAAAACCAAUGAUGACGUAGAUGUUGAGGAAGAAAUUAGGGAACAAACUAAAUCACAAAGAAUCUUUAGACCUAGUUUUGGUAGACAAACUACUGAAAGAACUGAAAUUUCUGAAGAAGAAAAGGUUGAACCUAACAAAUUUAAAAUUUUGAUGAUAUCAGAGGAUGAAGAAAAUGAAAACCAUGAAACUGAUGAUGAUGACGAAAUUGAUGAACCUAAUUACACAAUUUACACUACAUCAUCAGUACAACGAAUGCACAAAUACGAAUCAAACACCAACUUUAACGAUGAAGAUGAAGAGGAUGUUGAUAAAAGUAUGAUAGCUAAUAAUUCUGUUAGUUCGCUUACUUUGACAAGUGCUGUUAAUAAUAGACAAGAAUCUGAAACUAUACUAGAUGAUGAGAAAGAUUUAGAUGAAGUACAAGAGAAAGAGGCUGUAACUAGGAAGAAUAACUUGCUAAAGCCUCAAAAAGAUCGUCCAUCAUAUAAACAACGUUUUGCUUCGAGUAAAGAGGAAAUACAAACGAAAUCGCAAGAGGAUUCAAUAAAAACUCUUCCAGGUUAUAGAUUGAGAUCGACAACUUCUUCUACGGCUGAUUCAGAUGGACCAGAAAUUAUUACUAGCGAAAAUGAUAUAACAACUACAGAAAAUAUUGAUGCUGUUACUGAAAAUAAUGAAAUUCUAACAACAACUAUGGAUCAACAAGAAACCACUGUCGAGAAUGUUGAUGAAGAAGCAACGACGAUUUCUAAAGAUGACGUAACCAUUUUAACUGAUUUGGAAACAGCUACAGAUUCACCAGUUUAUGAGAUAUCACCUAGUUCUACUGAAACCACUACAGAAUAUCGUCGUCGUUCAACUUUGAGAUCGUUUAGAGAAAGACCAAGAUUUCUAACGAGAGCUACAACCGAAGCUGUUUCAAGCUCUAGUACUGAGUCAGGUAGCAGCACUAGAAAACCAUUGACUAGAGCAUUUGGGAAAAAUCGUUAUAAAAAACCUACUACUGUUUCAGAAAUAAUUCGUUCCACAUCACCUUUGCCACUCAACAAGUUGUUGUAUAGAUAUAGUACCACAGAAAGAAUUAGAUUUGUUGAGAAAAACCUAGAUGAUGAUGAUGAUGAAGAAGUUGAUGAUGAAAAUUAUGAAGAUGAUGAACAGGAGCUUAUAGACGCAACUAGUGAAAAAUUCAAACUUUCCUACUCAGCUUCUUCUACGACUCCAAGAACAAUCAACAAACCUAUUGAUACCAGAAAGUUCAAAAAACCAAUCAACAAACCAAAAUUCACUAAACCAACAACUGAAAGUAUACCUUCGGAAGAUUUAGGUUUUGAUACUGAAGCAGUUAAAAAUAGAAACAAAAACUUAUUUUCUAAAAGAAAAAUGAAUACACCAGCUGUUGUAUUAACAUCUACAAAUCCAUCUGAUGAAACUCCUGAUUCAACUGAUCCAUCAUUGACAACAUUGCAUCACAUAUUUGCUGAAAUUCAAGACGGCAAUACUGCCACAGAGCCAAUGAUUAGUUCUUCGCCGUCAACUGCAAAUACUGGAAAAUUAGAACGUCUUAUUGAAGUUAAUCGAAUUGUUCAAGUUAAAACAGAAAAUAAUAAUACUAGUAAUAAAAUAGAAAUAAUUCCUACAAUAGAUAAAAUUGGGGAAAUUUCUAGAAUAACUUUAAUUAAAAUUGUAGAUGGUAAUAAAGAAACGGUGAUUGAAAAUCCUGAUUUGAAUGAGAUAAAUUCUGUUUUGGAACAAAUGUCAUCACCAGUUUAUAUAAAAUCUGAAAACGUGGCUAAAGUUGAAGAAAUUCCUCCAUCGAAAGCACUUAAUGAUGUUACUUUUGUGAAUCCCAAUUUCAAUAUUAAAAUAGAAUCUGGAGCUAAAGACUUGCGCAAAGAAAGAAAAUUUGAAAUUUUUGGUGAAAGUAAAGUAGCGAACAGCAAAGAAUUAACAAAUCCUGCUGGAAAGCCUGAAAUAAUUGAUGGAAUAUCCCACAUCAAUGUAGUUACACCAAAACCUCUUUUAGUUACUGAAGCAUCAACCAUAUCAUUGCAAGGUUUGUUCCAAACAGAAAAACCGAACCUAAACCCAAGCUUUACCACAAACGACGAAGUCUUGGAAACGGGUCGCUCAGAAUUUGUGAACGUAAGAGUUUUAGACCAAGACACCAAUGUACGAUUGGAUAAAGAACUGAAAGGCGCAGGCAGAUUUAUUCCAGUGCGAAUUUUAAUGGACGAAGAAGAAGAAACCACUGUGAAAGCUCAUGUAAUGGAAAUUAGUCCUAAGCCUGACUCAAGGACAAUCAAAAUAGUACCUAUUAAAGUGGAAAUGUCUAGAAAUGUUGCCAAUUUUAGAGUGAGUGAUGUGAAAACAUGAAUGGAAUAGUUUAUUAGGUUAAUUUAUUAAAUUGUAACGGAGAUAGUUGAUGGAAUGAUUACGAGAUAUUUGAUUUGUAAAUAUGGACACUAAUAGAAAGUUUCUACCUUUUUUAUAAGGUUUUAACAAAAACCAAUUAUCGGAGAUUGAAAAGUCUACUUUUUUCUUCAAAUUUUCUCGAUGAAAAGCAUGUGGUGAAUAUUAGGUCCAAAAGGUAACUAGCGAAAGCGUUUCAUCUCCUUUUUACAAUACUGAUAAAUUUGAAUACGCUGAUUUUUUGUUAUCGUUAAGGAAGUUUUAAUUGGGUCUCGAAAGCAUAUUUUUCCAGGACUAUUUUCAUUCACUUGAGCUCAAGUUGAUAAAAUCCCAUUACAGCAUUCUUGCCAUUAUCAAACAUGAAAGCUCGUAGUUAUUGCCAAUAAUUAUUGUUUUUGUACAUACAUAACUAGCGCCUAAUUGUUUUUAUUUUUAAUAUAAGUUUAAGUCGUCUAAUUGCCUACUUAUUAUAAAGAGUGAAUAAAUCGAAACCUUCAAGCACCUGUAUAAAUUAAUAAUAAUGCACGUUUCUAUCUAUUACUUUCUGUCUUUUCUUAUUUUGUGUGUGCCAUAAUCUGAUGUUUCAUGAAUUAAAGGCUCCAAGAGGACUAAAGUUACUUUAGGUUUGGUCUGUAAAUCUAAAUACUUGUACUCUAAUAAUCACCUAUUUGGAAGAAUACUCUGUAUAUAAUUUGGGGCCUAUAUAGCAAAAUUUGAUACGUGUUUUAGUUGGUUUGUAUGCCGGCCAGUGAGGGUGUUAAUCUUUUCCUUUUUUUUUUUAUUGUAAUGCUGUUUUAAAAAUAAAAUUGUGAUAUUAA